GGGCCGUGGGUGCGCCGUGGACGAAAGAUGGCGGUGGCUGUGCGGAACUUGCAAGAUCAGCUCGAGAAGGCGAAGGAGAGCUUGAGAAAUGUCGACGAUAAUAUUCGCAAACUUACCGGCCGCGAUCCCAAUGAGUCGAGACCGGGCCAACUUCGUCGGCUCAGUGGCCCCAUGGCAGGCAUUGGGGGAGGUAGAGGCAGAGGAGUCAACCUGCUCAGACGCGGUCUCUCAGAUAUAGGAAGUGGUGGCCCCCCUGCAAAACAGAGGGACAUUGAAGGGGCUCUGCUAAGACUGGCUGGUGACCAGAGAGCCAGGAGAGACUUGCGUCACGACAGCGACGUCGAGGAUGAUGACGAUGUCAAAAAGCCGGCGUUGCAGUCGUCUGUGGUAGCUACCUCCAAGGAGAGAACACGCCGAGACCUCAUCCAAGAUCAGACCAUGGAUGAGAAAGGCAAACAGAGGAAUCGGCGUAUGUUUGGCCUGCUGAUGGGGACCUUGCAGAAGUUCAAACAGGAGUCCAACGUCGCUACCGAGAAGCAAAAGCGACGUUGUGAGAUUGAGCACAAGCUGGAGGUGCAGGCUGAGGCAGAGAGAAAGAAAGUGGAGAGUGAGAGGCGAGAGCUUUUUGAGGAGCGGAGAGCCAAACAGACGGAGCUGAGACUUCUGGAACAGAAAGUAGAACUCGCUCAACUGCAAGAGGAGUGGAACAGCCACAACAAUCACCUAGUUAAAUACAUCCGUACAAAGACAAAACCUCAUAUCUUCUACCUGCCUGGAAAGAUGUGCUCCGCUACGCAGAAACUCCUCGAAGACUCCACCAAGAAACUUGAUGCUAUUUUUGAUGAGAGGCGCGAGGCUUUUGCCGAGCACCUCAGCAAAAUGGAGUCCCGCCCCCGGCGACAACUAAACCGCGACCCGGAUGCUGGUGCCGUGGCAACGAUGACGGACCAGCCAGCAGAUGGUAAGCCCGCAGGUCAGGUAGUCAAAGUGACAGGUAACCGGGGUGAUUUAGAAAUGGAGGAGGAAGAAGAGGAGGAGGAGGAGGAUAGGGAAAGGGAAGGGGAUAGAAAGGAGAAAGGGAAGGGUGAGGAGAAGGAGGGAGGGGAGCAGGAGGGGUUAAAGGAAGGAGAAAAGGGAGAGGAGGAGGAGGAGGAAGAGGUUAUGGAGGUCAGUGAGCAGGGGAGUGAGGAAAAGGAAGGGGAGGAGGUGAAGAGCCAGGACAAAGGAGAGAAGGGGGAGAAUGAGGUGAGUCUAGACUCUGUAGAGGUUGAGAAAGAGGGAGGGCGAGACCAGGGAGAGCCCAGUAAAGCAGAGGAGAGUCAGGCAGAGGAGGUCCAGGACUCCACAGACCUUCAGAAGGAAACCCCACCCAACCUCGAGCCCUCAUAUACAACACUACCUGAGCCGGACGCACAGGGAACCAACCACCAACCCCAGCCCACCCUGCUGCCGCGAGAGCCUGCCGAGGAGCAGGGAGCCUCUCCAACCCCAGAACUUCACCCGGUCCUCCCCUUGCCUGGGAAGGAGACAACCGACCCUGACCCCAGUCUGGCCCCAGGGCCGGAGGUUGAGAAUAAGGAUGCAGAAGGAAAAUCGGAGAGUGGGGGGCCUCAAAAUCUCCAACCCAAACCCCAAGAGGCCCCCAGCGUUGUCCCUGUUCCCAAGGCACAGCAGGUGGAGGAGACAGCGGUGAAACGAGGGAGGAAGAAGGAGAAAGCACUGAGGAAGGGCCGCAGCAACAGCUCGUCCUCUUCCUCUUCUGGCUCCUCUUCCUCCAGCGGGUCGUCCUCCUCGUCCUCUGGAUCCAGCCGCUCCUCCUCAUCGUCCUCGUCCUCGUCUUCCUCCUCUUCGUCCAGCAGCCGCAGUCGCAGCCGGGGUAGUGGUGGCAAGCGCCGGAGGAGACCCUCCGAAAGGGACAGGAAGAAAGGUGGAGGAGGUGAGAGGAAUCGUCACAAGAGAGUGGCGAGCGGGGUAGGGAGGGAUUCGAAGGGGUCAAAGGAUAAGCGGAAGCGGCGGAGCGAAGAGGGGAGGGGCCGGUCAUCCAAGAGUAAUAGGGACCAUAAGGAGAGAGACAGGAAGGAUAAGCGGCGUUAACUUGGGGUUCCUUCCGGUCGGUUUGGACCCUUCAUCACAGAUCUUUUGAAAAUGAGCGGUUACCUCUUAAAAAAAAGAAGAAAAAAAAAACCAUGGCUUUUCCCACAUCAGGGUUUGCUCAAGUAAAGUUGAUGAGGUUUUCUUAAUAUGGAAACCCAUAAAGGAAGGUUUGCAAAAAAAAAUAUGAAAGAAAGAUGUUUUACAGGUACCCCCCCCCCUCCUAAAAAAUAGUGGUGGUUUCCAUCAAAGUGAGACUCGCCAUCCUAACUUUCCCUGAGCCUUUUCCCCCGCAGACCAUGUGGAAGAUUGAAAGAGGAUAUUUCAUACUUGGCAUUUUUAUAGAUAUGACAUUUUAACUGCAAAUUGCGCUUGAGUUUAGGGCUUUUUAAUUUUCCAGGGCCGUCCUGGAAUCUUAGAGCCGUUUUUCUCCAUUUUUUUUUUUACCUCUUUCAUCCCGGGCUCAGUGUUGUUGUUGCCCCCCCCCCCCCCGUCCCGUUCAUCAGCUGCCGGGGUCGUUGCUUGUUGUGACACAGUGCUCAUCAUCGACGUAGUUGUGUUUUUAGUCAAUGUUUCAGUCGAGGUUUUCACAAUUGAAACUUGCAUCACCUGGGUAAAACGUAUUGUGCAGAUAUACUCUUUUGAAAACUAUGUUUGUAAUUUUUUUUCCUUUUCUACCGAGAGUAAAAAAUCAGCUGAAAAUAAAAGGUGAGGAAAU